AUGAAACAUAAUUUCCCACACAGUAUUAUUUAUCGUCAAAUAAUUAGUUUAGGACAUAAUUUUUCAUUGUUAUCAUGUAUUAUGUUCAAAAAUUCCGCUUUAUUUCCAAUCCAACGGUUUCAAGGUCAACUAAAUUCUCAAUUAAAAUUAUUAUUUAGAAAAUUAUGUAACAAAUGUUGUUUAACAUUUAUUCUAUUAUUAAUAAUUUCAAUUCAAACUCAACCGAAAGUUGAUGUAUUUCAAUUGAUUAUAACAGUUGAUGCAGCAUUGUUAACACCAGCAUCAUCAUCAUCAAGAGAGCAUUUUUAUCAGACACCAUCAAGAGUUUAUUUACAAUUAACAAAUGGACAAAAACAUUCACUUCAAUCUUAUUUAUAUAAUUCAAAUAAUUGGCUUACACAACAAACAACUAAUCCAUUCUUAUCAAAUAUAAUUUCGAAUGAGCAUAACGUUAACGCUUAUAAUGAUAACGGCAACGAUGAUGUUGAUAAUGACAAUGAUAUUAUUAAUAAUGAAAAUGAAAAUUAUCAAACUCAACAAUUGAAUAACCGCCAAAACAAUGAACAAACUCGAUCAAUUAUUGAAAAAUUUAAAACAAAAGUUUUAUCUCAAUUAAAUAUGAAAACUAUACCAAAAGUAAAUGUAAACAAUGAAUCUGAAUGGAAUUCACUACCGAUUGUAUUGCGUAAUCGAUUAAAAGCUGAAAUUGACGCCUCAAAUCAGAUGGUUGAUAAACCGAUCAUUGAACAGGAUGAAGAGAAAGAAACACUUAUUUUAUUAAAACAAUUUCAGCUUCCCGUGAAAUUACCCAAUCCAAAUAUAUUUACAUUAAAAAUAACCGAAGAAAUUGAUCCAACUCAUAUUAGCCAAGUUACUCUUCAUGUUGAGAUUAACAAUGAAAUUCGUCAAAAUUCAAAAUUCACUUGUUGGGAAAUUCAUCCUACAUUAUUUAGACCAACAUUUUUAUGGCUUAAUGGUGAUUUAACGGCGGAAUUGUUACCGCAAACUGGUAUUAAUGAUUCGGAUGAAAAUGAAAACGAUUAUCUGCAGGAUAAAUCAUUAUCAACAUCCAAUUCAUUCAAUUAUCCAUACAAACUAUCCAUCGGUGAUUUCAAAAGAAUGUUUAAAUUAAUCAAGCCCGAAAUGGCCAAUGCUAUUCUACCUCAAGGUCACUCGACACCUGUGUUAACAUUCAAUAUUACAAAUCGUACGCUGAAUUGGUUAAAACACAGUGUGAGAAUUAAAGCCUUCAAACCGUUGGUUCGACAUUUAUUGAUCACAUGUAGUGAUUGUGAUAAUGGACAAAAUAUUGUUGAUCCAAAAAAGGUUGUUAUGGAAAUUCGAUAUCGUCCACGUUUAAAAAGGCAGAAGCGUUCAUUGACUAAAGGAGAUGAAACAAUAUCCAAUGUUUGUCGUUCUAAUGGACAUCAGUAUAGUUGUUGUACACAACAAUUAUCGGUUAAAUUUUCUGAUAUUGGUUGGGAUAAUUGGAUUAUACACCCGAAAAGUUUUGAACCUAAUUAUUGUCGAGGAUCUUGCAAAGUCACAUCAACAAAAAGUCUACACUAUGAUGUUAUGGAUUUGUUAUUACGUAGGAAUGUAUCACAAUUUGGAAAUAUACAACGUGAUGAAGUACAGUCCUGCUGUCAUCCAACUCAGUUAACUAGUAUGUCUGUUCUAUACUUGGAUUCAAAUCGUGAAUUACAAAUGCAUACUUUGCAUAAUUUAAUUGUUUUAGGAUGUGCUUGUAGUUAA